AUGAAGUCGGCGGCGAGCUCGCGCGGGGGCGGUGGGGGCGGCCGGGGCGGCGGCUGGGGCGGCGGGGGCGCGGGCGGCGCGGGCGGCGCGGGCAAGGGCGGCGGGCGACGGCGGCGGCCGGGGGGCAAGGGCGGCUUCGGCGGGGGCGGCCGGGGCCGGGGGCGAGGCGGCGGAGACGGCAAGGAUCGCGGCGGCGGCGGCGGCGGACAGCGGCGGGGCGGGGUGGCCAAGAGCAAGAGCCGUCGCAGGAAGGGCGCCAUGGUGGUGUCGGUGGAGCCGCACCGGCACGAGGGCGUCUUCAUCUACCGCGGGGCGGAGGACGCGCUGGUCACGCUGAACAUGGUGCCGGGCCAGUCGGUGUACGGCGAGAGGCGCGUCACGGUGACCGAGGGCGGCGUGAAGCAGGAGUACCGCACGUGGAACCCAUUCCGCUCCAAGCUGGCCGCGGCCAUCCUGGGCGGGGUGGACCAGAUCCACAUCAAGCCCAAGUCCAAGGUGCUGUACCUAGGCGCCGCGUCGGGCACCACUGUCUCCCACGUCUCCGACAUCAUUGGCCCAGAUGGCCUGGUCUACGCCGUCGAGUUCUCCCACCGCGCCGGCCGCGAUUUGGUCAACGUGGCCAAGAAGCGCACCAACAUCAUCCCUGUCCUGGAGGACGCGCGGCACCCGCUCAAGUACCGCAUGCUCAUCGGGAUGGUGGACGUGAUCUUCGCCGACGUGGCCCAGCCCGACCAGUCCCGCAUCGUGGCCCUGAACGCCCACACCUUCCUGCGCAACGGGGGCCACUUUCUCAUCUCCAUCAAGGCCAACUGCAUCGACUCCACCGCAUCUGCCGAGGCUGUGUUUGCUUCUGAGGUGAGGAAGUUGCAGCAGGAGAACUUGAAGCCCCAAGAGCAGCUGACCCUGGAGCCCUAUGAGAGGGACCACGCUGUGGUGGUCGGGGUCUACCGGCCCCUUCCAAAGAGCAGCACCAAGUAGCACCCAGCUCAGGCUCACCUGCCAUCUCCCCAAGCCUGUGUUGUGUUUGCUAUUAUUUUCUAUGUGUUUUCUUUGUGCGUGUUUUGUUUUGUUGUUUUUCUAUUAAACUGCAGAAAGAAACGGCACCUAUCUGUGUGGUGAUGCCAGGCUAGGUUUUGCUGCAGUAACAACCCCCAAAUCCCAGUGGCCUAAACCAGCUGGUGUAAGGGGCCCAUCACGCAGUAGCCUGGGAGCUGUGCUCAUUCUAAUCACUCCGGUCCCCAACUCCCCAGGGCCCCAUUUUCACACAUGCUCCCUCCAUCCCUAGGGCAAAGGAAAGAGAGCUGGGGAACUGCUAAUAAAAGCUUUUAAACUUCCCCUUGGAACUGAUGGGGCACUUCUGCUCACAUUUGGCCAAGUCAUAUGACCAAGCCUGACUCCGGGGAAGGACACUGAAUAUUGAUGGACAAUAAUAUAGUCAAACACACCAAUCAUCUGACUCACAGCCAAAGUCAACCACAAUAAGUUUUUAUUGCUUUACUCUUCAACUAAGCCCUUUUGCAUUCACGGUUAAAGUGAAUAAUAAAUAAAUGUUAAAUUUAUUCCUCA